AUGGGUGCUGAAGUCAUCGAACAACAGGAGGUGUCAAUCAAUGACGUUGCCGACAAUGAGCACGUCACUGUAGUUGCCACAACAGUCACUCAGCCACAUCACUCUCUCGACCCAAUCUCAAUCAGAGGCAAGAUCUGGGCAUUCUCAUUCGUCUUUUAUCAAGCUUUGCUCUGUGUCUUUAUGUUCAACCCACAAGGUCUUUGGUGGAUUGCUGUUGUAGCUGGAUAUAUCUCUGCUACAUACUCAAUCUUUAGCAGACGUCUAUGUUUGGUAUAUCUUCACUUUGGUCUAUCAUGUCUCCUUUACAUGCUCCUCGUAUUCUAUUGCGUGACCAUGUCCUAUGCCUUUGGUUACUACGUCUCUGCUGGUUGGUCUGUCAUGUCCUUCAUCUUCUCCCCUCAUUGA